AUGGAGUUUGACGAUGUGAUUGUAAAGGAGAAUCCGGGACUAUGCCGGUGUUGUCUUUCAGAAGGAUGCUACAAGGAAUUGGCCACUGAAUACAUUUGGAUGGGAGAAAAUGAGGUCUAUGCUGAUAUGUUGUUGGAAUGUUUUGAUAUAAGCAUAUCACAAAACAAUGAAGGUCCAAAUGGCACAAAUAGGCUUAUAUGUGAAGUUUGUAUCACUCGGCUCAGAGAUGCUUGCAAUUUUAAGAAACAGGUUCUUGAAUGUGAGAAAAAAUUUGUGGAUAUGGUGGGACGAGGUGACUUUAAGCAAAGAGUUACAGUGGACAUACUGUUUGAAGAAGAUCUCAAAUUGGAACAAAAUGCAGAAGAACAGUCGGAAGAUGCAGGAAACUUUGACUUCUUGGAAGAACCAAUGGCCUUUGAUGAUGAGAUUAAUGAUGACGUCACAGCCGAGCCAUUACCCGUUAAAGGAAAACGUGGGAGACCCAAAAAGUCGAUAAAAACAGUGAAAAAGAAAGAAGAAAAACCCAAGACAUCGAAAGCUAAAGGUGCAAAACGCCAAGAUAUGGCAGAAGAUAUAAAAUCGUAUUCGUCGACGAAACGAAAUCGACUUAUGAAAAAGAAUGCGGUAAUAAUACUAGAAUCAUCCACCGUUAUACCGUUUAAAUGGCACAGACAUAACUAUCUUUGUUUCUUUUGCCAUCGUCCGUUCAAAGAUAUCGGCACUUUGAAAGAGCAUACGAAAGUUGAUCAUGAAAAAUCUAGUGUCAAAUCAGCUGUUUCAUACCUUAAAAGAGACGAGAAAGUGAAAAUUGAUGUGCUAAACACCCGUUGCCGAUUAUGCGAUCAGAAAUUAGGUGACCUCAAAGACAUAGUUGAACACGGUAGAAGUGAACAUAAUAAGGUCUAUAAUGAAUUUGGUCUCGGCGUUGUACCAUAUAAGUUAGAAGAGAAUGGCUUCAAAUGCGCGGAAUGCCAGGAAACAUUCGAAUAUUUUAUCAAACUAAAUCAGCAUAUGAACAAACAUUAUGGGGAUUAUGUUUGCGAGCUCUGUGGGAAGUCUUUUCUAAGUCAAGAUCGGCUGAGGUGCCAUUCACUUAGCCAUGGAUCGGCCUUCCACUGUAAUCUAUGUUCAGAGGCCUUCGAUUCCCUAACGCAAAGAAAUAACCACGAAAGGAAAGUUCAUAACAAAGACAAGUCAAUAAGAUGCUUCUACUGUGCUGAGACAUUUCAAAAUUAUACGUUAAGAAAGAAGCAUCAUAACUUUGUUCACAACAUUGAAGGUCCGGAUAUAAAAUGUCCAGUUUGUCAGAAAUCAUUUCAAAUUUUGAGCAAAAUGAGGGUACAUUUGAAAGAGGUGCAUCUGAGAGAAAAGAACUUUGCGUGUACGGUUUGCGGGCAGAAAUUCUUUUCGCGGACACAUGUGCAGAAGCAUAUGAUCAAGCAUUCUGGGGAGAGGGUGCAUGAAUGUAGCGUUUGCAAGAAGGCAUAUGCGCGGAAGCAAACCUUAAAAGAUCAUAUGCGGAUACACAAUGAUAAAAAAUAUGUUUGUCCUGUGUGUAAUCAAACGUUUGCGCAAAAUAACAGUUUGAGGUUGCAUAUGAAAGUGCAUCAUGUAGAUUCCUUGUAG